AUGGCAGCAGCAGUCCCCUACACGGUCGAUGGCGCUGGUCCAAGUCGACCGCCCAUCGACUUUUCCGCAGCUCUGUCUACGUGGCGAGACAUCAACUUCGUCGACCUUCAGCAGCAACUCAACACCACCGCUCCCGAAUUGCUCGAAGCGCAAAAGGCUGCCGUAGCCAACCGCAAGAAGCUCGCAGACCAAACACGAGAGUUCAAGAAGCAGCCCGACGCUAACAAACCCGACAGCUUCAAGCCUCUCCUCAAGGCGUAUCAGACAGAGAUCGACACGCUCACAAAACGGUCCAAAGCAGCAGAGAACGCGUUUCUCAAUGUACAUUCAGCCUUGACAAGCGCGCCCGAUCCGUACCCUCUCCUCGAGGUCAUACUUGAACAAGCAGCAUCUCUCAACGACCUCGAAAGCUUGAAGCACGACAAUGCAAAGCUCCACGACGAUCUCGCUCAGACCGCCGGCCUAGUAGAGGCCAGCAAGGAGAAUCAAGCCGAGAACGCUCGAUUGCAGCAACGUAUGCUCUCGCUCGAGCAAGAUUUUGAGGCCAAAUUGCAGCAGCGCACUGCCGCUCUUGAGCUCGAACUCUCUGCAAAAUGGGACGAGAGAAUACGCAACCUCAAGGAGCGAGAAACCGACCUUACAAAGUCGUUGAACUUGGCCCAAGAGCAACUCAAGCAUUUCAAGUCCAAGGACGAAACUGCAACCGCAAAGCUGCUCGAAAAGGGUCUCGAGGAUGAGCAGCACCAAGACAGGAACGCCAAUGGCAGCUUUGCCGAAGUCGAACUGCUAUCGCGAGACUUGGAGCGAGCACAUGCCAGGGUCGAGACCGUCGAAAGGCGCAACGAGCAACUACGUGUCGAGAUCGAAGGCGUCAAGAGCGGACGUCAGGAGAGCGAAAAGCUUCAGAUCCUCCAAGACGAGUCUCGAGAGAAGGACCGCAAGCUGCAACAGCUUCAGUCUUCGCUCGAGUCUGAACGUCUCCAAUCUGCAAGCUUGACCAAACAACUAGCUUCAGCCCGCGACGAAAAGGUCAAGCUGCAGUCUGAAAAGGACGCAGAGAUCGAGUUGCUUCGCGCCAAGCUGCACCAGCGCAGCGAUUACGCUGACAUCAAGCGUGAGCUAGAGAUCGUCAAGGCCGUGCAUUUCAAUGCCGAAGACGACGACGACUUUGAUCCUUCUGUCGCUGCCAACGGCAACACCGAGCACGAUGCGACGAAACCACGUUCGACAGAUGCCAAGAGUCUCGAAGCCUUGCUGCUCGAAAAGAACAAGCGACUCGAUGACAAUCUCGCGACGCUGCGUGUGUCCAACGCUGAACUGACCGCUUCGCUCGACAAGAUCAACGGCAAACUAACCUCCUUAGAGCAGGAGCGAUCGCACCUCAAAGCUCUCAACGACAAGCUCGAGAUCGACCUCGCUUCCGUCGGUACCGGCGAUCGCAGCACCGCCAAACGCUCCGCAACCAUGUCCGCCGAGGAAGCUCUCAAGGAGAUGGAAUCGCUCGAAGCACAAGUCACGCAAGCCGGUCAACUUGGAAAACGCACGGCAGCGAAUCACGAUGGUGUCAACGGAGCCCCAGUCGCAUCGCCAGCGAGAUCUGUACCGGCUCUAGCCUCAUCGCGACCGUCGAUCUCUUCCGCUGCUCCCUCUGCCAGCGCUGGCGGUGACAGCAGCAUCCUCCCCAUCGUCACCUCGCAACGCGAUCGCUUCCGCACUCGCAACGCGGAACUCGAAGACGAACUCCGCAAACAGUUCGAAACCAUCAGCGAACUUCGCAACGAGAUCAAGACGCUCCAGUCGGACAACCUGUCGCUCUACGAAAAAGUGCGCUACCUCCAAAGCUACGGUCCCGGCACAAACGCAUCUGGAAGCCGAGGCGAGGCGAUCAUCCAGAUUGGAGGAAACGGUAGGGACAGCGAUGGUGCUUAUCCUCCACCGCACCGUCCGGACGACAAGUAUCGCGCGCGCUACGAGGAAUCCAUGAACCCUUUCGAGGCGUUUAGGGGAAGGGAACAGUCUCGUGCCAUGGCGCAGCUCAACCCGCUCGAGAGGGCACUGCACAUCCUCACCAGGUUGGUGCUCAGUCAUCGACGCAUGCGGCUGUUCUUCAUGGUGUAUGCUAUCUUUUUGCACCUCCUCAUCUUUGUCACGCUGUUCGAGGUGGGUCACACCUCGUCCACUCAGACGUGUUCGCUGCCACCGAGGUGA